UUGAUUCUGCUCCACAACACGAAAAAGUCAAAAGGAAGCCCAGAGUUUCUCACUUGCUCCGAGGUGUACAUUGUAGAUCCUUCUGGUAUCAUCAUGACCCUAAACACCUGGGUGCUAUUUUAUGCAGUGUUCCCCUUGGGAGUUUGCUGGCUGUCAAGAACCCAACGGACGUUUUUGGAUUCUUUGGAAACUCAUGACAUUUCCUCAUAUUUUGGCACCAAUACAAUAUUUGAAGUGCCAGAGUUCAAAGUGGCGUACCUGACUUGCUCCUGUGAAGAGGGCCAUGCCGGACAGACAUCUUGCAAAGCCCAACUUUGCUCAUUCAGAGCCUCAGGCGAAGUCUUUGCCUUCAAAUUCCCAGAGUACCAAGCCCUCUUUCCCACUUCCUUCGUGAGCAACCGAAGGCUGAGCUCAUCCAGCAGUUUGCUGCGCCAUUUCUGGGGCAACUGUUUUGCUGGGGGACAGGUCCUCAGCCCUCCAGGUGCAGAAGGCCGAAUUACAUAUUGUGAAGGGCAGCUGCAAGGAUUUGUCAUUGUCCAUGGGGCUAAGAUUCACAUUAGGCCAGUUAGAAGACAAGACCAAGGGCUGCUGAUGGGCCCACUCCUUCCCAAACCUCACGUCAUCUUCAGGACUCAACAGAAUGACAAAACAACACAAACAGGGCGGAAGUUCCCAUCCCGAUACCGUAGAGGGGCUGAAGGGGACGUGAAACACUUGGAGCUCUUGGUUGUGGUGGGACCAGAUGUCUUCCACUUCCACAAAGAGGAUACCGAGAGGUACAUCCUCACCAACGUGAACAUUGGAGCAGAGCUUCUUCGAGAUGCGUCACUGGGAGCGCAGUUCAGGGUUCACCUAGUCCAAAUGAUUGUCCUCACUGAACCUGAGGAAGGCAUUGACAUCUCUACCAACAUCACUUCCUCAAUCAUCAGCAUCUGCAAAUGGGCUGGGAAAGUCAACCCUGAGAAUGAUUCGGAUCCUCACCAUGCAGAUCUAGUUCUGUACGUGACCAGAUUUGACCUGGAAUUGCCUGAUGGAAACAAGCAAGUGCGUGGUGUCACUCAGCUGGGCGGGGCUUGUUCCAGUUCCUGGAGCUGUGUCAUCACCGAGGACACUGGAUUUGGUCUGGGAGUUACCAUUGCCCACGAGAUUGGUCACAGCUUUGGGAUCCAGCAUGACGGAGAAGGGAACCGAUGUGCAGGCGAUGGGCACAUCAUGGGCUCUGAAGGUGGCCACAACAGUGUGGAUUUGACCUGGUCCGCCUGUAGCAGAGAGCAGUUCUUAGCCUUUGUCAGUACAGGCCAAGCAAGCUGCACAAAUGACUUGCCAGACCUCAAGGACAAUAUCCCAGGAGGGAAGCCAGGCCUUUAUUAUGGGGUAGAUGAGCAGUGCAAAACGGCCUUUGGGGGCGGAGCUACAGCUUGCACUUUCUCCAGGCACGACACUGACAUGUGCAAAGUUCUUUCUUGCCACACUAAUCCAGCCGACCAGUCCAGCUGCACUCGGAUCCUCAUUCCCCUCCUGGAUGGUACUGAAUGUGGAAUCAACAAGUGGUGCUCCAAGGGCCGCUGUAGAUCUUUGGAAGAACUGAUUCCUAUUGCAGCGGUCCAUGGGGAGUGGUCUACCUGGACCGCCUUUACUGCCUGCUCCCGGAGCUGUGGUGGGGGAGUCGUGGCUAGGCGACGACAGUGCAACAACCCCAGACCUGCUUUCGGUGGACAUCAAUGUGAGGGAGAAGACUUGCAAGCAGAGAUGUGUAAUGAACAGCCUUGCCCAACGAUAACCCAGGUGGGUUUCAUGGAUGAACAAUGUGCUUUGACGGAUAUGAAACCACUUUACCUCAGCCUUGAGUUCCCAUCCUUCUAUAAGUGGGUGUCUGCUGUUGGCUACACCAAAGGAGACACCAUGUGCAAACACAUGUGUAGGGCAUCUGGGAAAAAUUUCAUGGUGAGCCGAGGGGACCGAUUCACAGAUGGAACAAGGUGUGAGCUGAGCAGCCCUGCAGAAGAGACAGCAGUUGGCCUGUGUGUGAUGGGCAGCUGCAGGAUGUUUGGUUGUGACGGUAGGAUGGAUUCUGUGAAGAGGAUGGAUAUGUGCCGAGUAUGUGGUGGAGACAACACUACCUGUUUCGGUGUGAAGGACUCUUACGCGGAAGGAAAAUCUAGAGAAUAUGUUACAUUUUUGAGGCUCCCUCCUAACACCACCAUGGUCCAUGUGGUCAACCGGAACCCACUGUUCACGCAUUUGGGUGUGAAGGUCCAAGGGCAGUAUGUAGUGGCAGGGAAAGGCAGAAUCUCUUUCAACAUCACGUACCCCUCGGCCCUGGAAGACAACCAGAUAGAAUACAAGGUCUUUCUCACAGUGGAGAACCUGCCGAGCUUGGAGGAGAUUCAUGUGAAUGGGCCAACGCAGGAGGACAUAGACCUACAGGUUUAUAGGAAAUAUGGGAAGGAGUAUGGGGCUGCCACUAGCCCAGACAUUGCCUUCAGCUACUUCAGACCAAGUGAGAAAGAGGUUCAUUCAUGGGUACCCCAGCUUGGCCCCUGCUCCGUGAGCUGUGGGGAAGGCGCUCUGAAGGUCAGUUACUCCUGCUUUGACAAGGCAAGGAAUGAAAUGACGGAUGACCUCCAUUGUCUGAAGACCCCAAGGCCCCCUGCCAGGCAAGAGCCUUGUGCUGUGGCCCCCUGCCAGCCCCAAUGGGUAGCAGAGAACUUUGGGCCCUGCAGCACCCCCUGUGGUGGUGGUGUGAUGGAGCGGCUGGUUCACUGUGCAAAGGAAGAAAGAGGGUUGAAUGUGACCCUGCCUGAUUCAGAAUGUGUGGAUACUCCCAAACCAUCAGCUAUCGAGUCCUGCAACACUGAGAUGUGUCUUCCAAGGUGGAAGGAAUCAGAGCCAGGCCAGUGCUCUGCCAUUUGCGGCUUGGGGGUUGCCCCAGUGAAUUUGACUUGCGUUCAGCUCUGGGAUGGGGUGGAAAGUACCGUAGAUGCCAGCCUGUGCCCAGCGGAUGAGAAGCCCCUGGCCUUUGUGUCUUGCAUGGUGAACAUCUGCCCUUUGGGAUGGAACAUGCAGGAAGAGAUGCCCCACUCAGAGCUCUUGGUCCCAUUUUGGCCUCAUAAGACUGGAAAUCGCUCAGUGUAUGUCUGGAGCCCUUUGGCUGGAGCAUGCCCUGUCACCUGCGGCGGAGCCUUGAUGUGGCUGAGCUAUGUCUGCCUGGUCUUUGACACUAGAGAGGAAGCAGAGGAGGAACGUUGCAACCAGACACCAAAGCCAGCAAGUCAGCUGGAACUCUGUAACCCCACGCCAUGUCCAGCAAGCUGGGAAGUGAAGGAACUUGCUCCAUGCCCUGUGACCUGUGGUGGAGGAAAGAUACCCCUCUUGGUUCGCUGCAUCCGGCGAGACAAGAACACAACCCGGACUCUUCCUCACUCAAAAUGUAGCCGGAUGCACAGGCCAGCUGGCAGCAGAGAAUGUGCUGUGGAGCCAUGCCCAGCAAGGUGGUCCUACAAAAUGGGCACGUGUAGCACCAGUUGUGGUAGAGGCGUGAUGCGCAAGAUCCUGUACUGUGCACGGGCGACGGGGGAGAAGGCGGAGGAAGAGAUUGUACCAGACACGGUCUGUGAGAAUUUGCCUCGCCCCGAAGAGCAGGAAGUGUGCAACCUGGAGCCAUGUCCCCCAAGGUGGAAAGUGACAAGAAUGGGUCCGUGUUCCUCCUCCUGUGGACUUGGAGUAGCCACCCAGUUGGUGACUUGCAUGCAGCUUUCUGGGGGCCAAGAGAUUGAGCUGGCUAAGAGCCAGUGCCGAGAAGCAGAGAAGCCCCCCUUCAGUGUGCCUUGUGUGAUCCGGGUCUGCCCUUAUGAAUGGAGGGUCACCAAAUGGACACAGUGUUCUGCCUCUUGUGGGAAUGGUGUUCAGACACGACAGGAUUUCUGCAUCAAUCCCGAAACUGGGGCACGGGUCAACCCCACCUUUUGCAUGCACUCCCCUAAGCCUGUGAUGCUGCGAAGUUGCUCCGUCACUCCCUGCCUUGAACAGGCCACAGAAGGUCCAGUCUCCAGCUCAGAUCUCAGGACUUUGCCGCCUCCUACAGAGCAACUGAUGACUGCAGUGAACAUUGUCCCUAAAAAGCCACACCAUAGAGCUUUGGACCUUCCACAGCCUGAUGGACUAGCUCCUUCCAAGAAACGAUUUGAGGAUAUACUGUGGGACGCUGGUCCCUGUGGGCAGCUGUUCCUAAAUUCCACUGGGUUGAUCAACAUGACUGGGGUGCAAGCCAGUGACUGCAUUGUCGCCAUUGGCCGCCCCUUAGGAGAGGUCCUAAGGGUGCAAGUGCUGGAGAGCUCCCUGAACUGCAGUGCAGGUGACGUGAUGUUGUUUUCUACGCGGAUGAUGUGGCGGACAGGCUGUAAGAAGCUGAUGCAUUCUACCAUAAACACCAGGACCAACACGCUGGUGGUGAGACAGCGCCGCCUGGGUCCUGGGAAUGGAGUUUUCCUUUGGUAUAGCAGCAAAGUGGCAGCUAAGAGAUACCACCAAGAUUGUGACGUGCAGUUGUUUGGUCCCAGUGGGAGAAUAGUGACCCCUACGCCUUUGGCAGGCUGGGAACAACAAGGGGCUUGCAGGACAUUUGUUGACGUGGCUCCAAGGCAUCGCAUUGCCAUUCACGCUGCAUAUGUGGACCCAACAGCUGACUCCAACCAAACACACUCCAGUUACAUCUCGGUGAGAAAACUGCACAGAAUCCGAGAUGUUAAUGCCAUGAAGACCGCAGUUUUCCAUGGAAACCAGCCAUUCUACUGGGAGUCGGUUGGGAGCAGGGCCGAAAUUGAAUUCAGCAAAGACUUUGCCAGCGUCGGUUUCCAAGCAGAAUACUGGGUCACUUUGCCCAAAUAAACACAGCCUCAAGUUGUUUCAAGGGCAACUGUUCAUCCAAGGCUUAUAUAGCCAGGGGAAGUUAGUAAACACAGUUUGUCUUGUAAGAGGGAUGAAAAGUGAUAUCCGCUGAAAAACUCUUAGAGGUUAAAGGAGCCGCCCUUUUUUUUUGCACCUGUUCCCAUUGCUGCAGAAGGGAGGGGCUUCUCGUGCCUGAACUCACCCUGGCUCUGCCACUGUCUCAGGUGGGGAUCUCCACCUGGUCAGUUAUUUUUCCUUCAAAUGCUGCUUCUUCUUUUCUAACAGGGUUGGUCCUGCUCCUCUCAUGUGCUAAAGUCAACAAACACAUUCCUCUUGGAGAUCUGCCAAUAAAGUCUUUAUAUGGGGGGUGAACCUGAAAAGUUGUUAGCCUGAAAUCAAAAAUCCCUGCACCUGUGUACUGUAUCAUGUAAGCCUGGGUCGGCCAAUCUCUGCUGUCCUCUACCUGGAAAUUAUUAUUCCAAAUGCCUCUGAUUUUUAGGUGAGAUGUUUUAAUAUAAACAGUAUAUCGAAAAAUGCAGUGUGUUCAAAUAUGUUUGCAGCUGUGUGUGUUACGCAUCUACACUCACUACAGAUACAGGCUUGGCCAUGGCACGCUGGAGGAUGAGUAGACUCAGUUGCAAAUGCAGGUUUUCCAACUCUUGAAUGUGAGGUAAACAGUGUUGGAGUUUGGCGUAUAUCUUCCUAUAUACCUAAAAAUCUAAAGCUGUCAUUGUACAGCCAGCGGCGGAGCAUAUGCCCACGCUGCCCAGGGUGGGCAUGCUCCCGAGGGGGGCGCGGUGCGGAGGGUGCCCUCCCAGGUGUGGAAUGAACUGCAGCACAGGGUAUAAAUCGGGGGAGUUUGUUAGGAUUCAUUCCCCGUCUGCAGUCAUGGGGUUAUUGUGUAUCAUAUGACUGUAUGUGUUUUCAUGCCCACAGAGUGGACGUGACGUAGACAGGAUACACUAAAGUCCUCAGCUACACUAAAGUCCUCGAUCUAUCCAUUGUUUCUUAUAGCAUACCCUCCAACAUUUCUGUGAUGAAAAUGGGGACAUCCCAUUCUAUAAUGGUAAUUUUACCAUAUAUACUCCACACAUCUAACUGGAAUUUCAGAAAUAGACUGGAAAGAGAAGUUGCUGAAUUGCAACUUAUUACCAAACUUAAAACCAUGGAGAGACCUGGUUUGAAUAGAUCUAGUUACAGGUUUCUGACGUAGUCGAAACAAAAUAACAAAAUUCCUUCCA